CUCAACGAAGUGAGUCUGAGGGAUCCAUCUACUUACUUUGCCAAAUAUGUUUACAAAUAACAAAAGAAGGGGCGCAUCAGUAAUAAAAAGUUAUACUUUGGUUUGAUCAUUAAACACACUCCAAAGUAAGUCAUUUCGUUCUCUCCCCUCAACCCUAGUCUAAAGGAAUGAAGAGUCUAGAGCUUUGUCUUGCUUGGUCUCAAUAGCAACGCAAGUGGUUCACCCACCGAAUCUGGCAACGAUCCAGAGUUCUACUCAAUUUUAACACAGGAGAUUUCGAUGGGAUUCAGCCCCUCCUGAUUUCUACUUCAUAUAUUCUUUGCUUUGCAUUUUUCUCAGUAAACUUGCUUCUUGCAUCGUUGGAAGCAAAAAAAAGGGUGCUGUGAAAGGAAUGCCCUUUAUCGAUCCUUGUUUACUGAAGGCAUUUGGAGAUAUUAGAGCGCAAUGUUUCAGCUGUUGUUCCUCGUUCUCUUCGCGGAGGGAGCAGUGACACUCAUUUUGAUGUGGAAGAUCGGGCCACUGCGGGAGCUGGCAAUGAGGAGCUUGGACCAGCUGAAAAUAGGCAAAGGACCAGCGACAGUGAAGACAUUGGCAUGCACGAUGUCAAUGAUUUUUGUAUCGAGUGUAACUAGCAUUCUUAAGAUCCAGAACAGGGGGGCAAAGCUGGGAACAGUCACUCCAAUGGAUCAAGUAUUGUGGAGGACUCACUUAAUAGAAGCCUCGCUCAUUGGCUAUUCUCUGUUUCUUGCUCUGGUGAUUGAUCGUAUGCAUCACUACCUUAGGAAACUGGCUAACUUGAGAAAAACUGUUCACACUUCUCGGGAAGAAGUUGAGAAUCUCAAGAAAGAGAACCAAAGGUUUAAAGACAAGGAUGCAAUAUCCUCAAAUGAAAUAAAGAAGCUAAAUGAAGAGGUAACGAAGUUAAAAGAGAAAAUCCAGAAAGCCAAGUCAGUGUCCGAGGAGCACGAGAAAAGGGCACAGACUGCUGAAGCACAUGUUGCAUCCCUUCAAAAGCAGUCAGAAGAACUUCUUCUAGAGUAUGACCGUUUACUGGAGGACAACCAAAUCCUUCAGGCACAGGCUCUAUCAUUCAAAAGUUAAGUGUCCUGUGACUGCAUUUUGGAGCAUUUGUCCUGAGGUGGCCAUAGAAGUAACUUUCCUGCCUCUGCAUGGUGGCCGCAAACUUGAGCUGCAAUGUUUAGAAUUUUGAUUGGUGCCCUCCUGUCAUCAGUUUGCUUCCUGUUCUUCGAUGCAGUUAGUGAAAAAUGUAUCAGUUUAUCUGUUUGAUCUGAACUAUAAUGUAGAGCUACAUUUACUUCCAUUGAUUUGGUAUCACCCCUGGUGAAAGCUAUUACUGUCUUUCAUAUUA